CAAACGAAAAUUUGUAUAAAAAGAGUCGCUUUUCCAUCGAAAUAAUCAUUCAUUGGAAUAAUCCAGUUUAGAAUUGUUCAUCGAACGGAAUUCUCAUCCUCAACCAAAUCAAAAUGCGUUUCACCAUUGUCUUGGCUCUCUGCUUCAUUGGAGCUGCCUCUGCUAGUUCAUUGAACAAGCGAAGCUUCCUCGAUGAUAUCCAGAACAACACUCAAAAUGCUUUCCACGCUUUUGAACAAUUCGGCCAAACUUUCAAUGAGAAGGUCCAAGAAGCCCUCAAAAACUUACUCAGCGCUUUCGGAAACAAGAACUCAUCUGCUGAAGCUACAGUCAGUGUAUCUAAGCGAGCCACCAACCCACUUGUGCUCAUCAAUGAUCUCAGUGACCCAGCUAAGUUUGCUCAAGAUUUCUUGAAGGUUCUUGCUGAUAUGGCUACUGGACAAGGCCGACGAAAGCGAGAUAUUUUUGAAAAUCUCCAAAAGUUCUCCGAUGAAGCCAAAAAGAACGCUGAAGAAGCUCUUAAGAAGCUCUUUGACCUCUUUGAACAAUUGAAACCCCAAUCCAGUGAAUCAACUGAAGCUCCAGUCGUUGUUGAAAAGCGAGCCACCAACCCACUCGUUCUCAUCAAUGACCUCAGUGACCCAGCCAAGUUUGCUCAAGAUUUCUUGAAGGUUCUUGCCGAUAUGGCUACCGGACAAGGUCGACGAAAGCGAGAUGUUGCUGAAGACCUCAAGAAGUUCGCCGAUUCUGCCAAACAAAACGCUGAACAAGGUCUUGCUAAGCUCUUCGAGUUCCUCGAACAAUUCAAGGCUCAAUUUGCUCAUGAUCAAACCGAUGCUGAAAAGGUUGUUUCAAAGCGAGAUAUCCAAGAAACCAUCGAAAAGUUCAAUGAAUUAGCCCAAACCAAGGCCCAAGAAGCUUUCAAAAACAUCAAGCAAGCUCUUGACGAUUUGUUCAAGGGAAACCCAUUCUUCCAAUCCAUCUCCAGCCACUUCAACAAUGGUGAAGAUUCAACUGAAAAGACCGUUUCCAAGCGAGACAUUUUUGACAACUUUGAAAAGUUCAGUCAAAAUGCUUUCGAAAACUUCAAGCAAUCUUUUGAACGAUUCUUCAACCAAUUCUCAAAUGAUGACGCCGAAGCUGAAUCCUCCACUGAAUCCGAUUAAACAACGAGAUAGUUAACAGUUUUCAUAGCUUCUUAGCAUCUUUCUUCAGUACAAUUCAAUUCAGUGAAAUGUUUUACACAAUUUUCAUUUGUAAUUGAUCCAGCAUCAAAUACCUCUGAUAAUUUAUCUGUCAAAUGUAGUAUCAAUAAAAAUUCUGUAAUCAGCAUCUUCCUGUAAUUUCCUCAUCCAUUUGCCCUCUGAAUGAAUAAAUAAAACAGAACCGUAUCAAUUUAAAUUGCAAA